AUGUCUGCUGAAACUGCUACUAAACUGGCUUCGAUGCCAGAAGUGGUCGGUGUUGGAGUGGAUACGAUUUCAAUUGAUGCUUCAGAUGAGGGAAUAGCCCAUCAAACGCUAACUGCCAAAAACAUAUACCUACUGGAAGAUGUUGAUAUGGACAAACCAUGCAUCCCAGAUCGGGGAUUUAGGGUAUUGUCAAUGCCCAUAAAACUAUCAAAUGGAACCGGUACACCGACCAGAGUUAUUAUUGUCCCAGAGAGUGGAAUACUAAGUUAAAAUAUAUUUAAAUCUUUCACAAUACGAUAUUUUAUAAAUUUCUAAGCCGAUGUAUGGAAUUCCGCGUGGACUGAAAUAUGGCUGCUACUUAACGAAUUUUGUCCUGUUUAUAUAACAGUGGGGAUGCUAUAGAAUUGUGUAAAAAAAUGCAAAUAA